ACUUAGAGGUGAAGCUUCACUUAGAAGUAACUACAAGGGAAGGCAAUGGAGGAUGCGGAUGCUGAUGGAAGGGUCAGGAUGGAAGCUCAAUCUCCGCCACCUGGGCCUUCGGAGCAAAUAAACUAUUGGGAAGAGGAAGAUCGCAUAAGAGGACUGCUUACUCUAUGCUUCGACGAUGGGGUAUACCCAACAAACUUGGAUCCAGGGGAAAUGUCAGUACAAGGAAGGGAAGUCAAAUUCACGCUCAACACUUCAUUGGACGAAAUCAAGAUUAAGUGGUUGAAGGAAAGGACAGUUUUGGUCAUCUUCAAGGACAACUCAAGGUUCAUGCCCAAGAAAGUGAAAGAUGACAUCAUCAGAGCCUUCGAGGACAGCCGGAUUAUCGGGAGCGAACGCUUCCCACUCGAAGUCAGAAGAGGCAGAGUUAAAAUUGAGGGGCCGAAUGCUCUGUCAAGAGAAGUCGCUGAAUUCAUGCUAAGUGAGGGAGGAGUGGAGAUUCCUAUCAGAAACGUGAAUUACAAGAUUUUGUUCAAACCAUGGAUGACGAAAGCGGAAUUCAAAGAGCUAAGAAGGCAGGAGGACGAGCGUACCUUCUGGGUGAUGGCUAUCCAAAUUCCAUUGGACGACAUGUCGUUCAUCUACUCGCAAAUUGAAAGAGCCAUUGGCAAGAUAGUACUGGCACAUCCGCCAGACAGGGACGUGACCAGACCGGCGCAGGUGAACGCAAAAUUUGAUAUCGUUCCGAAAGCCCGAAGCAAUAUGAAGGACAAGCUGUGGGUGAUAACCUCGAAGGGAGAUGAGUUGGAGGUGAAACUGGCGUGCUCUUCGACGCCGAAAUGCCGGAUUUGCAAGCAGUUUUUUCAUACGGAGUCGGAGUGUCGCAGAAACGAAAGACCUCAAAACAGAGAAGGCGGUGUCAACAACAACGCCUCGUACUAGCAGGCAACUCCAGCACACUCAGGGACUGGCAGAAGAGGAGAAAGAAGACAUAUAUAUCAGGGCCCCUUGGGGCCCCAACCAGCUCAAAAG